GUGCCCCCCGGUCGGGUCGGGGAUGAACAUGAGCCAGGCCGGGGCGGUGUCGGCGGGCGCGGCGGGGCUGCUGGUCGUGCUGCUGUACGCCUCCAUCCACCGCAUCGACGAGGGACACCUCGCCGUCUACUACAGGGGAGGAGCUUUGCUAACCAGCCCCAGUGGACCUGGCUAUCAUAUCAUGUUGCCUUUCAUUACCACAUACAGAUCCGUGCAGACAACGCUGCAGACCGACGAAGUGAAAAAUGUGCCUUGUGGGACCAGCGGUGGGGUCAUGAUCUACAUCGACCGGAUAGAAGUGGUGAAUAUGCUGGCUCCUUGUGCAGUGUUUGACAUUGUGAAGAACUACACUGCGGACUACGAUAAGACGCUGAUCUUCAAUAAGAUCCACCAUGAGCUGAACCAGUUCUGUAGCGCCCACACACUUCAGGAAGUUUAUAUCGAGCUGUUUGAUCAGAUAGACGAGAACCUGAAGCUGGCCCUGCAGAAGGAUUUGAACGUCAUGGCUCCGGGGCUGACGAUUCAGGCCGUGCGUGUUACAAAACCCAAAAUCCCAGAGGCCAUAAGAAGAAACUUUGAGCUAAUGGAGGCCGAGAAGACCAAGCUCCUUAUUGCAGCCCAGAAGCAGAAGGUGGUGGAGAAGGAAGCAGAGACCGAGAGGAAGAAGGCAGUGAUAGAAGCCGAGAAGACCGCUCAAGUGGCAAAAAUCCGGUAUCAGCAGAAGGUGAUGGAGAAAGAAACGGAAAAGCGCAUUUCUGAAAUUGAAGAUUCCGCCUUCCUGGCCCGGGAGAAAGCCAGAGCGGAUGCCGAGUUCUACACCGCCUACAAACACGCCACCUCGAACAAGCUAAAACUGACCCCCGAGUACCUGGAGCUGAAGAAAUACCAGGCCAUCGCCGCCAACAGUAAGAUCUACUUUGGCCGUAACAUCCCCGGUAUGUUCGUGGACUCCUGUCCCCCCAGAGUUGCGGGUGGCAACGCCAGGACAGUGCGAGAACUCUCUCUGCUCUCCAAGGAGGCCCCUGGCCCCGCGGGGAAAAGCCCGGUCCAGAGCCCCGAGAGCACAGGUUGACGCAACAGGUGGAAAUGUUCACAUUUGACAAGCAGCCCCAGGGACCCAGGUGCUGGGGGUGAGGCUGGCUGCCUCUCCGGCCUCCCCCUCCUGCUCUCUGGGGUGGACUCGGUUCCUCCACGGACUCACGGGGACAACUCCUCGCUUUUUGGAUUGGCUCUUCCGGCCACGGUUUGUUUCGAGCUCCUUUGGUAAACCGGUGCUUGUGAAAUGAGGGAGAAACUCUCGAUCCUGAGCCCCUGCCCGCACUGGAAUGUUCAAAUAUAUAUCCGCACAGGCCGCUGCUGCGGUUCCGCGCCGUCUCCCACCGUCUGCAUCGGUCCCCACGGGGCCCGGGCCCGGCCCCUUUGGCGGAAGGGCGGGGACGAGCCCAACGUUGACUAACCCGAUCGCAUCUUGCCCGACGGGGGUCGUUUGCUUUUGACCCGGUUGUUUACUAGUCUUAUGCUAUCAGCCUUGCAGUCCCCCACCAAAGCCCUGUUUGUGGGAAGGCUUCCCGGGGAAGCCGGCUUGGCGGGCCACGGGCCGGCCUCCGCCUCAAGCACGAUGGCGGGCAGCGGCACUCUCCUUCCUCGGCACCGGCCCACAUCGAGGAAUCGGGAAGCCAGGCCAACCACGGUGGUCGCCCUGCCCCGGGGCAGCCAGCCAAGUAAGAGGAUAAGGCAAGGGGCGGUUAAUCCCCGUCCGCUCAACUGUACGGUUGCCCCCAAAAAUCCAGCAACAAGCAAAAGCGCUGACCGCAGCACAGCAGCCAUUUCCUGGGCUCGGAGCCGGGGGUGGCCGUGACAGCCCGUGGCUGGGCUGGAAGGAGGCAGCCACGCUCCGUGCAUCUCCCCGAUUCUAAGCGGUAAGGUCUGAUCGCUAUCCUUGGGCCUGACCCCUUUGGGAAUGCCGCUUUCGAAGGCUGGGGGCAGGAAAUCAAAGACGCCCCUCCCUCCCGUCAGCCCCCCAAGUGCCAAAUCCAAUCGAGGUGGCGGCCUCCUCGGGGCCGGCACUCCUCACGGACAAAGGAAGACCCCGUUUGACGCGCAACAGGCCCCGCAUCCUGCUGCUUGUGGGUUCGGGUAAUUUUUCUUUUUUUUCUUAAAGACAAUUUGCCUUCCACAUUUCGCUCCCUCUCAAAUGGUACCGAGCCCAAGUAUUUUUCUCGAAUUCACAAAUCCGGGCUGCUGUCCUCCUCGUGCUUCCCUAGCGACUUCUGAUUUUAACGAAUUAAGACUGAAAAGUCCCUGAGGUGGUGGUGAUGAUGAUUCCACUUGUACAGCGCAGACAUGCCCCGUUACGGAGGGGGCUGUGUUAAAGCCUGGUUAAACUCACUUCCCUCCCUGAGUGAGCCCCGCCUCUCCUUCCCUCAGGGCCGUUCCUCCAGCAAAAGAAUGCUGUAAUCUUGAAGUUGGAAUUUAUAUGUUGCAUUUUUUGAUAAAAUAAAAUUAUUUUACUACCA